AUGGCGACUCCUCCUAGAAAAUUAUCUGAAGUCUCAAGUGUCAAGAUUCAAGUCGGAGAAACAGAGCAUCUCGUCAAUAUCAAUGACUUUCCUUACUUCAAGGCCUUUAUAGAUUUCCAGCAAAAGUCCGGCCAGGAUACUACUCCCGUGCCGACUCAUGGUGACAUCCCCUUUUUCGAUGUCAUCAACUACGGAGUAUCUAACGGAUUCCGACACUUCUUCCGUCGCAUGCCUGUUCAGCUCUCUGACUACCAUACACUCUGCGAAACCCUCGAGUUCCUUGCUAUCGAUGUCCUCGCAGGGCAAAAGCUGCGUGAUAUAAUGAAUGAUCUGAGGAAGUGCAAAUCCGAUUACGAUUACGAUGGGACUGAAAUUAAGGGGCUAAAAAGCAUUGCACGAGACGCAGCUUUUAGGCUCCUAUAUAUAUUUCUCCUUGGUGAGUUCGAAUCAGAGAUCCGGGACAGGGCAAUGGCCUACAAUACGGCCCUGUUUGUGUUAUCCCACCCUGGAACUUUCAAGCAGAGAACCCGGAAGAUGGUUCGAGAGGCGUUUGAGGAAAGAUUUCUUGUCACGGAGAAACAGAAAAAAGGGCUAGACGAGUGGCCUAUCUCUGAUGCUUCUAAGGACAUUGAGGACCUAGAGGAGGGUAGUACUACUGACGAAGACUCUUAUUACCUUUCCGACUCUGACUGUGCAUACUGGGACUCUGACUGUGGAUACUGGAACUCUGACUGUGGAUACUGGAACUCUGACUAG